AUGGCGCUGUUAACCCAAAGAUUUUGUACGAGAUCGAACCAUCGCCUCCUCCGAGUGGAAUUUGCCUUCAAACGAAGGGAAGAGAAAACCGUCAAGUUCAGAGAGCAAAGUCCCAGAACAAUCAUUAACUGGGAUCUCUUCGCUACGCUAGCAGGAUUCUGGAAAAAUGUCGCAUUGGACAAUAUUGACGAGGAACACGACCGGCUCGCUGAACAUCUUUAUGACUGCACGAAGAAGGCUGAGAGUUUUAAAACCAUCAAGUCUGUCUAG